AAAUGCAGUUUGAUGAUUGCCUGAAAUUGGAAUCCAUGAAACUUUUUAGAAAACUACAGGCGAUUAUUGAAGAAAUAAGAUUGCUUCAUGAAAAGAACGAGGCCACCAUGAGACAAAGCUUCUAUAAGCAGUUAUGCGAUGCCAUUGCUUCUAUCAAAGGAACCUACAUGCAAUACUUUGAAGUGGAGCCAGAACAAGGAAAAGCGCCAGGACUGAGUCUCUCGAUUCUGAGAAAAAAGCUUCAGGACAAAAAUAAAAUAAUUGAAGACUUAAAAGACGAAUUAUCAUUCUAUCGACAAAAUGAAAUUUACAAGUUGGAAUUUAUGAAGGAAGAAUGCAAUGAAAAAAUAACAAAUCUAGAAAAGGACAUUGCCGCACUCAAAAAAGAUAAUGAAAAACUACAGAAGUCGAUUACAGGACUUGAAGAAGACCUUCAACUCUGUGAAAAGACAAAUACGCUCUUAGAAGGUGAAAUGUUGGCUAUGAAACAAAGAAUGGAGCAGGAUCAGAAACUCAUUGCCAAGUUAACUGAACUGAAAGACAAAUUAAGUCUGGACCUUUAUCAUGAGAAAGAAGCAAUUCAAGAUAUGAUUGAACAACACAAGAAAGAUAUUGAAGAAACAAAAAAGAUCAUGGAUGUUCCAGAUCUAGCAGCCAAGUCCCUUAAAGAUAUCAGACGAGAGACUGAGGAGAGGGGAAUGAUUGUGCGAAGGAUCCCGGAAAUGGCAAGACCUUCACCCAGAGAAGACAAGGUGACUCACUGUUAUAGAAGGUCAUAAUAAGUAAGCUAGCUAUGUUGGGAGGAGGACUGAAAACUAAAAUGGCAAUAAUGGGGAGUGGGAAAACACUAAGGGUUGAUGAAA